ACCGUGUCAGAACGUGCUAUUUCUUUUCAGCAUGACCUCUCAGCCGAGGUGGCUCUCCGUCUCUGCAUUAACUCCACCGGUGCCUCGUUUGAUCCUCAGGCGGUAGAACGAUUGCGCGACGUUUGCCAGGUGUUAGCGACCCUCGCUCGUGAUCAUGCCGCAAAGGCGGUUGUUCCUCGCUCGCAAAGUAAAUUGCAUCAGAAAGCACGACAGAUGUCUCUGCUGCUGCUGCCGUCAGUACCAGUGUGCCGACUGUUGCGAGCUUUCGCUGCAUGCAACUUCGAUCCACGACAUCCACGAUGGCUACAUCCGAGGGAGGGUCUGAUGCCCCUACGAGUAGCCUGGCAUGCGAUGCGCAGGACGUCUUCCGUGCCACCGUAA